GCAAUGGUGCACAGAAUUUGCUUCAUAGGAAACAGCAUCGCAGUGCUUUGCAGCCUCAGAUCACACACACAUCUUAAGGCUGACCUGAAGAUUUCGUAUUAACCGUGUGCCAAGAAUCAUGAAUAGAGAAGUCAACAGGAAAAUCAAAACAAAAGAACCAACUGUUCUGAAAAACAAGACGCUAACUUUGCAAACCAAUAGAUCUUGUCCAAACGUAAAUGCAGCAAGUGAACUGAAGGUGAACCCCAGAGAAGACAAGAGCAGAAAUAUUCCUGGGAAGACAUAUAAUUUUAAUAAAGACUUUGCAAAAGCGAGGGAAGAAGAAUCAGAACAUUCGUGCUAUAUAUCUGAUGAAGAACAGCAUCCCUAUGAUACUGUAAAGACUUCCAGCUUGGAGGCCAUGCACUCUUUGAAAAUUUCGCCUGCCAAACCCAUAAAAGAAUCAGGGUAUUUAGAUGUACGUUAUUUAGGAGAUUCAGCGACUACUCAGAUAUCUAGAAACACUAAAUCCUCUGUUACCAUCCAGCAAAAGUCCUCUCACUCCCCUCGAGACUUAGGUGAAAGCAGAUAUGAGGAGAGCAGAGUCCCUAAUGUUAAAGGUCCUGCUAUAAAACGGAGCACUAAGCCAAAAGUACUUUCUGCUGAAGUCACAAGAGAAAAAGAAAAAGUAAUUGAAUCUCAGCACCCUUUGCCCCCUCCAAGGCCUCUUCAGACACUUCCAAAGAAAUAUCAGCCACUUCCACCAGAACCAGAAGUAAGCAGCCAGCUCUCACACACAAGGAAUACAUUUAGUCAGACUCACACCUUUCCAAUGUCAGCAAAGAACAUCAGACACCUCUCUGUUAAGGAGUUACAUGAAGCUCCUGGAAAAGGAGGAGUUCCAGAUUUCAGGAAGGAAUUGGAAUCAUCUUUCCAAGCACGGCAGCAAAAAUCAAAAUAUAAUCCUGCAUCCAGCCCUCCUUGUAUUUCAAGUACUAAAAGUUUUCAAGGCUCAGGAUCCAGACUAAACAUAAAAAAUGGAUCAACUGAAGGAUCAUCCUCUCCACAAAAGCAGAAUCCUUCUGAAUGUAGAUCACAACAUAUAUAUGUAAAUCUGCAAACACAACAUCCUACAAAACCUUUUGAAAAGGAUUUAAAUAAAUAUGACUGGUAUAUCAGAGAAUUUGAUCGUCAGAAAGCAGAAGAGGCUUUGCUACAGAAGAGCACUGAUGAGACAUUCUUGGUCAGAGAUUGUUCAACAAAUUCAAGUGAUGAACCAUAUGUUUUAGUCAUAUAUUAUGGAAACAAGAUAUACAAUAUUAAAAUACGUUUUCUGGAAGACAGCCAGCAGUAUGCAUUGGGAACAGGGCUCAGAGGAGACAAUAAGUUUGAUUCUGUGCAAGAAAUUAUUGACUUCUAUACACGUGCUCCCAUUACACUUAUUGAUGGAAAAGAUAAGUCUGGAAUCCAGAGAGAAAAAUGCUACCUAAGACAUCCUUUCAAAUGGAACAGAAGAUGCUUCUUACCCUGAAUGAU